AGGAGUCGCUCGGGGCCCGCGGCUGGGUGGCGGGCAGUUCCCGCCGGCUGUGGGCUCGUUCGCUCGUUCGCUCGGGCAGGCAGCGGCGGCGGAGGGUCCCUCGGCGCGGAGGGUGGACGGGCCGGGCCCGAGCUGCGCGGAGCUGCGCGCGCUGCCCCUGCUCCCGCCGCCGGGCCCCGCGGGCCGCCGACCCGCGCUCUGCGGCGGCUCCUGCGGCGGCUCCCGCGGCGCCCGCGCCCCGGCGCUUCCCUUUGUCCGCCCGGCGGGAGAGCUGCGGGCGCGCAGGCGGCGUCCGAGCGGCGGGUCGGAGCCCGCGCAGCAGCCAAGGCGGCGGCUCCCCCUGCGCCCGCCGCCCGCGCGCCGAGGCGAUGCCGGACCAGAUCUCCGUGUCGGAAUUCGUGGCCGAGACCCAUGAGGACUACAAGGCGCCCACGGCCUCGAGCUUCACCACCCGCACGGCGCAGUGCCGGAACACCGUGGCGGCCAUCGAGGAGGCUUUGGAUGUGGACCGGAUGGUUCUUUACAAAAUGAGGAAAUCUGUGAAAGCAAUAAACAUCUCUGGACUGGCCCAUGUGGAAAACGAAGAGCAGUACACCCAAGCUCUGGAGAAGUUCGGUGGCAAUUGUGUGUGCAGAGAUGACCCGGAUUUAGGAAGUGCAUUCCUGAAGUUCUCAGUGUUUACAAAGGAGUUAACAGCACUUUUCAAAAACCUGAUUCAGAAUAUGAACAACAUCAUCUCCUUCCCACUGGACAGUUUGCUGAAGGGGGACCUGAAAGGCGUGAAAGGGGAUCUGAAAAAGCCAUUUGAUAAAGCUUGGAAGGAUUAUGAAACAAAAAUAACCAAAAUAGAAAAGGAGAAAAAGGAGCAUGCCAAGCUCCAUGGGAUGAUCCGCACUGAAAUAAGUGGGGCUGAGAUCGCUGAAGAGAUGGAAAAGGAGAGGCGGUUCUUCCAGCUACAGAUGUGUGAGUACCUGCUCAAGGUCAAUGAAAUAAAGAUUAAAAAGGGAGUGGAUUUACUUCAAAAUCUGAUCAAAUAUUUUCAUGCCCAAUGCAAUUUCUUCCAGGAUGGAUUGAAAGCAGUUGAAAGCCUCAAGCCUUCCAUUGAAACCCUUUCAACUGAUCUUCACACAAUCAAACAGGCCCAGGAUGAAGAAAGAAGACAACUUAUGCAGCUUCGAGAUAUUCUGAAAUCAGCAUUACAGGUGGAACAGAAAGAGGAUUCACAAAUUCGCCAGAGUACAGCCUACAGCUUACAUCAGCCUCAGGGAAAUAAAGAGCAUGGAACCGAACGGAAUGGUAACCUCUACAAGAAAAGCGACGGGAUCCGAAAAGUGUGGCAGAAAAGGAAAUGCUCAGUUAAAAAUGGUUUUCUGACCAUCUCCCAUGGUACUGCUAACCGACCUCCUGCAAAACUCAACCUGCUCACCUGCCAAGUGAAGACCAAUCCAGAGGAGAAGAAGUGUUUUGAUCUCAUUUCACAUGAUAGGACAUAUCACUUCCAGGCAGAAGAUGAACAAGAAUGUCAAAUAUGGAUGUCUGUGCUGCAAAAUAGCAAAGAAGAAGCUUUAAACAAUGCUUUUAAGGGAGAUGACAACACUGGAGAAAAUAACAUCGUCCAGGAGCUGACCAAGGAAAUCAUCUCUGAAGUCCAGAGGAUGACGGGCAAUGACGUGUGUUGUGACUGUGGGGCACCAGAUCCUACCUGGCUUUCCACAAAUCUGGGCAUUCUGACCUGCAUCGAGUGUUCUGGAAUUCACCGAGAGCUGGGGGUUCACUACUCCAGAAUGCAGUCCCUGACAUUAGAUGUGUUAGGAACAUCAGAACUGCUGCUUGCCAAGAAUAUUGGGAAUGCAGGCUUUAAUGAAAUUAUGGAGUGCUGCCUUCCAGCUGAGGGCUCGGUCAAACCCAACCCAGGCAGCGACAUGAAUGCAAGAAAGGACUACAUCACUGCCAAGUACAUCGAGAGGAAAUAUGCAAGGAAAAAGCAUGCAGAUAACUCAGCCAAACUUCACAGCCUUUGUGAGACCGUCAAAACAAGAGAUAUUUUCGGAUUACUCCAAGCAUAUGCUGAUGGUGUGGAUCUUACAGAAAAAAUCCCCCUGGCCAAUGGACAUGAGCCAGAUGAAACGGCCCUCCAUCUUGCCGUCAGAUCUGUGGACCGUACUUCCCUUCACAUCGUGGACUUUUUAGUUCAGAACAGUGGGAACCUGGAUAAACAGACAGGAAAAGGCAGCACGGCCCUGCACUACUGCUGCCUGACUGACAACACCGAGUGCCUGAAGCUCCUGCUGCGGGGGAAGGCUUCCAUCGAGAUAGCUAACGAAUCUGGAGAGACACCGCUGGACAUCGCCAAGCGCCUCAGGCACGAGCACUGUGAGGAGCUGCUGACCCAGGCCUUAUCCGGGAGGUUUAAUUCUCAUGUUCAUGUCGAAUAUGAAUGGCGAUUGCUCCAUGAAGACCUGGAUGAAAGCGAUGACGAUGUGGAUGAGAAACUGCAGCCCAGCCCUAGUCGGCGAGAAGACCGGCCUGUCAGCUUCUACCAGCUGGGCUCCAACCAGAUACAAUCCAACACUGCCUCUUUGGCCAGAGACACCGGCCUGACCAAAGACAAGCAGAGGAGCUUCCUGCCCAAUAUCCUGCAGAACGAGACGUAUGGAGCCAUCCUGAGUGGCAGCCCGUCAUCCACCCAGCCUACAGCCCCCAGCUCCUCUAGUGCCCCUCCACUCCCUCCACGGAAUGUUGCCAAAGUUCAGACAGCCUCCUCAGCUAACGCCCUGUGGAAGACAAACUCUGUAAGUGUGGACGGUGUCAGCAGGCCGAGAUCUUCGUCAGAUCCGCCAGCUGUCCACCCACCGCUGCCCCCUCUUCGCGUGACAUCUACCAAUCCCCUGGCUCCCACAGCGACUCCUCCAGUAGUGAAAGCACCCAGUGUGAUCGAUGCCUUGGGUGCGCAAAGCAAGUCGGCCCAGCCUGGAAUCCCAGCGAGCAAAGCCGGCCCCCCACCCCUGCCACCCCAGGCACCUAGCCGACUCCCUCAGAAGAGGCCUGCUCUCGGGGCUGACAAGUCAACCCCGCUGAUGAACAAAGGCCAGCCGAGAGGACCUGCAGUGGAUCCUUCUGGAACAGAAGCAAUAGGUCCUCUGUCCAACACAAUGCUCAUGCAGCCCCCGGCACCCAUGCCCAGGAAGUCACAGACAACCAAGUUGAAGCCUAAGCGGGUCAAAGCCCUCUACAACUGUGUGGCUGACAACCCAGAUGAGCUGACCUUCUCUGAGGGAGAUGUCAUCAUUGUGGAUGGAGAAGAGGACCAAGAGUGGUGGAUUGGCCACCUUGAUGGAGACCCCAGUCGGAAAGGAGCGUUUCCCGUGUCAUUUGUGCACUUUAUCGCCGACUAAAUGGCUACUGAACAACAGACUUUAAUGGCUGUUAUGUUCUUGUUUCAUCACUGGUACCAAAACUCUCACCAGAUAACCAGUCUCAUGCAUUGUAUUGUAUGGUAGCCCACUUUCUAUAAUGCCACCAUUGUGUUUCAAAAGCUCAAAGUCAAUUUAUAUAUAUAUAUAAAUGAAUUGUUUUUAUGUGUGGUUUUCAUGAAACAUCGUUUUUCUUUGGUUAGGUAAGAUUGUGUUUCCUAAAAGGUGAACUGAAAAGCUAUUUUAAAUACAUAACCAAGAUCCUGUAUAGAAUUAACUGAACCUAGAAAUGUUUUUAAGUAUUGGAAAUUCAUAAUGCUUUCUUUGGCUCACUCUUGAUUUCAGUGACCUUUAGUGCAAUUGUUUUAGGAUGUCAAUAAAUUAUUGCUUUAGUCAUCUAUAACCGUAGCCUAGGAAGUCCUGGACUUUCUAGAUAAAAUAAGUUCACCUUUAAAGGAUUUUUUAAAAUAUUUUUUUUAGCGUUAUCUUUAAAGAUUUCCUUUAAAAUAUGCCCAAUGUUUAUUUAGUACAACUUGGAAACUUACACAUUAGCAAUGUACUUUCCAGCCCUGAUUGUGAGGUUGCAACUGUCAUUAUAUCCUGCAUGUGUGUGACCUAUUGUGAACAAACCUCCUUAACAAAACUACCCCUGGUUUAUUAUGGCAUAUGGUAGUAACAGUUAACUCCCUUCCAGGUUCUAGAAAACUGCAUCUCGUGAACUUGACUAAAAGCUAAGGAUGAUGGAUUGCAAAACAGUUUUGUAAACUAGUUUAUCUGCUUUAAGUGUUUGGAAUUCGCCUUGUACUUUCUUAAUCACACAGAAAGCAACUAUACAGAAUACUGUGAUACAGAUCACACUAUAGUAACACAUACUUGCUGUUUCCUAUUGAGUGUACCACUGCCUUCCCUUUCUAGUUCAUGAGAAUGUUUACUCAGUUUAGUGUCUUGUAUUUAUAUAAUAUACCAGGAAUGGUAGUUACACUGUCUUGAAAUUUAAUGUGUCCAUGUUUAUAAUCAAGAUCAUAUCAGAAAUCUCUAGGUCCCAAGUAGUAAGAUACUCUUUAAACAUCUAAUUUUGACUAUUUAUGUCCAUCAUAUCAUUGUUAAACCUAAGCUACUAGGGGCAGGGGGGUUAGAUUGUAUAUGAUAAAAUAAAAAUUCAGUAGAUUAAUGAACUUGAUUGUCAUACCUCUAAUUUAGUAAUUGUGAGCAUAAGGUUCAUAAUAGGAAUAUUGAAAACAUUGGCAUUCUUUGAGAAUAAGUAGGCAUGAUGCCUACUCGCAUUUUUACCAAAAGUAAGGAAAUUUUAAGUAUAGGCUUGGAAAGCAAGGUAAUAAUGCUUUUAUUGCAUCUAUUAUGAUGGUACAUAUGAUUGUGAAGCAGCCUGUUUCUAUUUUAUUGCAAGACUUGCAAGUGUAGAGCUUCUUUUUUUUAAUUGCAUUGUAUUUUUUUGUUGCUAUUAUCAAUAUAAAGGAAGACAGAACAAACUGGAAUGUUUAUGAUGUGUGGCAAUUGCUUUUUGCCUUUCAGAAUUCCAGGUAAAAACAUGUUAGGUCUGUAAUUACUCUUUUUUUUUUUUUUUUAUUAAACACUACAUCUAUUUUCACUAAUUGUUAAUUUCUAUUGUUCUGUUCCGUUGAACCCUUCAUUUAGUUAAUUCUUUCAGAUUUAAGAAAGUAAACAGAUGUACUUUGCACAUUGCACUUAUGUGUACUUUAAUACAACGCCCUCUAUCUUAUCAGCCUUUCAACUACUUGGUGCCAGCUAUAUAAGGAAUUAAAGUUGAUUCAUAUCAACAUCUGAACACCAGUUCCCAACUAAUCUAUCAGGUUCACUGGUACAUAAAUGUCUAGGAAAUAUUUUUCCAGUCUAUAAUUUGGUGGUGCUAUUGUGCAGUAAUUAAUACUACUCUUGCCAGACGAGAAAUUCUAUUAACUUCCCUACUAAUCUCCUUUCCUAGUUAUUUGCUCUUUGCAAAUUUAAGAAAAACAAAAAGCAACUGAAAGGAAAACAUUGUAGAUAUCUAUUUAUAUUUAAAGUUUAUGUUUCAUGAACUUAGCUACAGAAUUUUGGCAUUUUUGCAUGCCAUCAGAAAUGAUUUCUAGGAAUAAUGACUCAGAAAAAUGUGCACAGAGUAACAGUUACUGUGUGAUCUGUUAUGGGUGGAUAGCAUAACUUGCAGCGUGGAAUGCUAUUUGAGAUGUAUGAUAUUCAAUUCAUUCACCUGAUUAUUUUGGUCUAGCUGUAGCGCAACUGUAUAUAUUGUAUAACCUAAAUCAAUUCCUAUUUUCAUUGUCCUUAAUGCAGUGAUUUAUAAUUAGAGCAUGUUUAAGAAGUUUACUCUUGUUAACUAGUCAUUCGACUAGAAUAAAAAAUAAAGUACUUUUAAAUGGA